AAGACGAGAUGCAGAAACAUUGCUCCCAAUAAUUCAAAGAGAAGUUGAAAUGGGAUCGGUUAUCCACUCUGACGAAUGGCCUGCAUAUCGCAGGUAAAUCAUCAAGAGAACUACGUUAAUCCAGAGACUGGAGCUCAUACACAGGGAAUUGAGCGGAGUUGGCUAGACGCCAAAAUAAAAAUAAUGAAAAAGAUGAGAGGAGUGCCCAUCCAACAUUUCCAGUCCCACUUGGAUUAAGUUUGUUGGCGGAUUUUCAAUAAAAACGUAGAUGAUCUGUUUAUAAAAUUUUUAGACGACAUUAGGCAAGUUUAUCGCGAAUGAAUAAGUAUAUGUAAUAAUAAAAGUUGACAAUGAAUAUAAUGUGUAUAGGAUGUAAUUGUUGAUAUUGAAUACAAUUUUCGUAAUUCUGAUGAGUACUUUUAUUUACCUGUAACACCUUUAAGACUCCUAUUCUUGAACCGCUCGAUAAAAAUCGGUGAGUGGGUAACUUUGUCAUCGGUGACUCACUCACUCACCAAAUUCCGUAUUCUUGACACUAAUUGAAAACCGCUCGAGUUUGUCAACUUGGCACCACUGUAUUCUCACUUUUUUCUCAUGUCACUUGUUUGAAUCUGUCAAAUUGUGAUUCAUUGCGCUUGCGUUUGUAAUUUUUGCGAUUUAUUCAAAUUUAAAAUUAAAAUAUGUCUCGCGCUUCAGAAGAGCAAAAGCUGAUACUUGUUCAGUUUUUAAAAAAAAAUAAAAACGUCGUGGCAGGGAAAACGUCACCUAAUUUUACCAACAAAAAUAUACACGAGAAGUGGAAGACGGUUGCAGCAUCUUUGAAUAGCACUGGAAGGCCUUACAAAGAUUGGAAAAAUUGGCGAAAAACUUGGCAAGAUUUAUAUUCUCGCGUAAAGGCGAAAGCUGCCAGAAUCAACCGGUCAACAAACCAAACAGGUGGCGGUCCCCCCAGUGAUGAAAAAUUGACCACAUUCGAGCAGGAUAUUGUGGACACUUUUAUCAAGCCGGUAGUGGUAGAAGGAGAUUCAUUAAUUAAAGAAAGUGUCUGCAAUUUCCAUGCGAAUGAUACAACCACAUCCAUGAUCUCCAAUUCCAGUGGUGCAAUUGUUCAUCCCAUAAUAUUGAACCCUGUUGACGAAGUCGACACCGAGGUUAUCAACAUUGACGAGGUAACCAAAAUCCCACCUACGCAACCCACGACAUCCAAGAAUCUAACCAGUUCAGCAGCUUCAGAAAUUGUUAAAAAAGGGAAGAAGCGAACGGCAGAAGAAUCGAGGGCGGAAUAUGCAGAAUAUUUGAAUAAAAAAUUAAAAAUAAAAAAAGACUAUUACGACGCAAAAAUUGAGCACUUACGGCAACAAACUGUUUUAAUGGAACAGCAACUCAUUAUUAAUACACAAUUGCUAGAAUUAAAAAAACUUAAAUAUAGCUCCAACUAAUGGUAAUAUGUAAAAUAUAACGACAAACGAUUUUUAUUGAUAAUUACAUAAUGAUAUAAAUUU